CAUCUGAUGGUUUUUUUCUGCACUGUAGAAUACACUACCUGUACUAUAGAAUACACGCUGACAAGUGAGUGAAAUUUCACUAUACUACUGAAGCACGAUAAGUGAUUCGAAAAUUUAGACAGUAAAAACGGAUUUCUCGAUAUUAACCUGCGUAAUUAUACGGAUACGAAUAAUUUUAAUUCUGUGCUUUCACCCGCUCUUUUAUAUAAAUAAAACCACACUAUGUUAUCAGAUUUUCGCAGCACUGUUCACAAACGAUUCGAUUUUUAUCGCUGUCUGUGAUCAUGACGACUGAUGGCAGUGAUAAUGCGAGUCUACCAUUGCGCCUCGUUCGACUGUACAAACCACGAAGCAUGCCCGUUAAUGAAAAUUUACUGCCAGUCGACCGGAGUUUACUCUAGUUGUGGAGUAAUUGCAUUGAUACCCGGAUUUAUCUUUACAAAAAUGUGCUCGAAAAGGCUUGCAGUGAUAAUAACCACCUCGAUUGCAGCGGUGUUUAUUUUGUUUAUUUUACGGCGACGUAUUAGCCAUCAUCUUCCUUCCACAGUUGCUAUUUACGACGCCGGAAACCCGGUUCCGGAUAUCACCAACGAUGUAGUUCUCCCUGAAAGCCAACAUUUUUUACCUGUACAUAUCGUCCGUUUCUAUAAGGUGACACCCACCAAAGACACCCACAGCUUCUGUUGGUUGGAAUGUAUCAGUAUCCUAUCGAUUCUCAUGUACAUUCGUCCGUCGAAGAUUUACAUCCACACCAAUCAUCCGGAUUUUUGGCCGUUUGAACGAUGUCAUAUGAUUACGGAUUAUUCGCUAAUGCAGUUUGUGUACACGCGCCGGAGACAUAUUCUGGGCGCCGGUAAACACAUCAAGGCGGUGGCGCAUGAGGCGGAUUUCGUCAAGUACAGUAUCGCGUACAAGUAUGGCGGGAUCGUCACGGAUAUUGAUGUCUUCUAUUUGCCAAAAAUUAUCCCGCUGCUACAGCAAUGGAAAGAUGGAAAGUACGAAUGCCUGCUAACCGGUGACAACAGGCAUACGCUGUUAAACAGCGGCUUCAUCACUUGUCGCAAAGGCCAUCCGUACAUCCGAGACAUUCUGACGGUAUACCGCGAUGAUUUCCGGGAGGAUCCGCCAAAUGGAUGGCUAUACAAUAGCGGCAACGUGCCUCUGGCAGUAUACAGCAACAACCCGGAGUACCAGAAGAAUUUCUUUGUGGAGCGUCACAUGGGCAACCACAGCAGCGGUCACCUGGGAUUCGUCCCGUACCGGGAUGUCCCCGCAUGGCAUUCGUAUUACUAUAGCUGUGAGGAUAAUGCCACGAACACGCUGAGACUGGCGGUGAAUUCAUCGUUUUAUGAGAUGGUACAUUAUAUUGCUGCGGAGGGAAUGAAAAUGUUUCCUUAUACGACACCACCAUCAACAAGAACAACAAUAAGAAGCAAUCGUUUGGCUACACAAUCCACAAAGAAACAGUAAAUGUUUUCCCGUAGGAUGCAGUAUUAGCCAUUAGACAAGCGAAAAGUGAGGUUAAUCACACCGUUUUAAUUUACGGUCUUGUGACUGCUAACACAUUUUUGUCAAUGGGACCUGUUAACAAGAUGACUUUGGUGUCUGUGACAAUUAGCGCAGUAUUUUGAAAUAACAGUAAAUAAAUUCCUGAU